UGAUUGGUUGUCGCAAAGCACACGAGCCAAGAUGCUUCACUUGGAACGAGAAAAAGCCCCAAGAGACAGAGGAGAGGGCAAAGCAAGCAAGCACCUUUUUCUUUCCCAUGCUCGAAACUCGGUUCUUGAUUGAUUCCUUCGCCGAAGAUUAACCAAUCAAAUCCAAACAAACCCACUCAGAUCCAGAUUCGUUAAAUCUAUCCGGAUCCAUUUACUUCAACGGGUCGGAUCCAGUGAUCUGGCACUUCACAAUGGGAAGUGGCUUUUCUGGUUCUUCGGAUACCAAACAAUGUCGCGAUUUCCUCGAAGAUUCAUAGAUGAUUCAUCAAUGGAAGAUGCAGGAAUCUCUCUUUGCCCAAGUAUUCACUAUAGACCUAUAAACCCUAAUGAUCUAGAUCGUUUGGAGCAAAUCCAUCGCGAUAUCUUCCCCAUCAAGUAUGAGUCUGAGUUUUUCCAGAGUGUUGUGAACGGAGUUGAUAUCGUCUCAUGGGCUGCUGUUGAUCGGAGCCGGCCUGAUGAUCACUCUGAUGAACUUAUUGGUUUUGUUACUGCCAAAUUUGUGCUUGCCAAAGAUAGCGAGGUUAGUUUUCAUUCUAUGAAUUCGUCUUUUUGUAAUUCGAACAAUAAUGAUCUUUCAGGUCCUGUAAUCACCUUGAAUGUUGAACUAGUUCAUAAUGCUUAUGGUUUUUGGUUCGUCUGUGAUCAUGUACACUAAAUAAAAGUUAUUUCACUUGUCAAAAAUCUUUAGAACAGCGGCUUGUAAUAAUGUCUGAAUUAUGAUUGAAUAAUCUGUUUUGGGAGCUCUGGUAAUGCAAUUGAGUCUAGUGUUGUUUUUAUCUUCUUAUUAUCUAUCUUCAUCAGCUGGCAGAUGGUUUCUGUGUCUUGCACAGAUAGAUGAUCUUAUACAUUACGAUUCCUCGAAAGGAGAGGAGACUUUGAUAUACAUCUUGACACUCGGAGUUGUAGAAACAUACAGAAACCGUGGAAUCGCAAUGUCACUUAUUAGUGAGGUAAUUAAAUAUGCUUCCGGUUUAUCUGUGUGUCGCGGAGUUUACCUUCAUGUGAUUGCACACAACAAUGCUGCGAUCUGUUUGUACAAAAGAUUGAUGUUCAGAUGCGUGCGGAGAUUACAUGGAUUUUAUCUAAUCAAUCGACAUCAUUUUGAUGCGUUCUUGUUUGUCUACUUCAUCAACGGUUCUCGAACUCCUUGCUCACCCUUAGAGGUGGCGAUGUUUGUUGUGAAUUAUAUGAAGAGUGGUAUCAAGUCAGUGGCAUCUAAGCUGGCUAACAAGGAUGAGAAAGGUUUGAAAUGGCUGUUUUGCAAAGACACGGAUUGUGUCUAACCCUCGCAAACCAAACCGAAGCUAGGGUCAUCAUCAGCGUACGAAUUCAUUUAACUUAAAACUAUAUUUCCCAUUCAUUUGAUUUCUCAUUGUGAACUCUGUAAUGAAAAGGUAAAUAGUCACCGUUAAUGUACUGUUUUUUGGGUUUUAUACGCUGAUCAUUACGUGUUUAUAAGGUGUAAGGAAGUUCUUAUGAGUUUUUCACCACCCUUCUUAAAAUAGUU